AUGGCGCAGAACCUGAUUAUGGGCGAUGUUCGCCGUUACAACCCGUGGUUAAACCUCGACUGCCCGAAUCUACGCGUUGCCACUCCCGUUUUGAGAAGUGUGCUGUGUCUUGGACCGCAGGAUGCCGACAUCACUGUGACAGCGCCGGUUCCCGGCAGACCUACGGCGGCGCCCGGCACGGGCGAUGGGUAUACUGUCAACCCCAUUAACCCACCCGAGGGAGGAGAGGUCGCCGAGAGAACCGCAUUGCGCUGUGGAUGA